CGCACCUGUGAAAACUCGUCAAUCGGUCGACGACGACGGCAGACAGGGGCGGCGAUAAGCACCAGCAUCGAUGGAGAGUGUCGACGACGCGCUCAAGUUCCUCGCCAAGCAGUUCGAGAGCGCAGAUGCGGCACGCGUACAGUGGCUCGACGAGAAAAAGCAGUUCCAGUCGCAGCUUCAGGAACUCCAGGCACAAACGAAGAUCCAGGACGAUUACGCCAAGGAACUCGUGCUCCAAGUCAAGAUGCUCGAGUUCGCACUGCAGCAGGAGCGAGGACGGUAUGUUGCGUCGAUGGUUGUGCCCAAAGACAAGGCUAUCACCCGUAUUGAGCGUGCGAACACGCCGACGUCUCCCUUCAACAGUCCUCGCAGUGGCAGCGGCAAGGAGCAGACCGUCUUUCGCAAAGACAGCUCCAGCGUGUUUUCAAGCAGUCCAAACGUCACGUCGAAGCACUUGGACGUGAAAGGCGACUCAGAGGUGUCGAGGGGAGGAGCCAGUGUCAACGGGAGCAUGGAGAUAUCGCGCAACGAUGUGUCCGUGACGAGGAGUAAGGAGGGCGAGACGCUCAUCUCGCGGUCGCGAGUCAAUUCCAAAGCUGAUAAACUGACACCGCCGCCACCAUUAACAUCCGCCGCUGUUGCUUCGUCGGCCACACCUGCUGCCGCUCCUUUGCCCGCGGCAGGAACCCCAAGGGGUCCACCACCUGUCGAGGUCACAACCAAAGUGAACGGCAACUUUCGCGCGUGCAAGAUGAAGUUGAAACUCAGUGGACACCUCGAUGGCGUCCGCGCGAUCUGCUUCCAUCCGUCGGACCCGUUGCUCGUGUCUGGGAGUGAAGAUUGCACGGUUAAGAUUUGGAAUCUCGGGUCCAAGAACACAGAGGUCGAACCAGUGGCGACGUUGCGAAUGCACAUGGACAGCGUGCUGGCAGUGGCCGCGAUCAAGCCCGAGCAUUCGAGUGGCCUGGGGUUUCGCAACGGACUCAUUGCGACCGGCAGCAAGGACGGCACCAUUGGGCUGCUUGCAUUCCCUGAAGCGUCAGACAAGCCGAUGGAGCCGCUUGCUUACGACGAUUAUUACAAGUUUCUUGUGCAUCGAAUGGAAUCCCAUCACGACGCGAUUUGGAGCUUACACGCGCACCCGUACACAAAUCUGUUGUUCUCUGCCAGCGCCGACGCUUGUGUCCGUGUGUGGGGAAUCGCUGCAGAACCGACGCUCAAGUGUACGCUGGGAGCGUCCGUGCGACAACACCCGUCUGGCAUCGGACACAACCUCGACGGCAUCCUCGUGCCCACCUGCGUGUCGGCCGUGCCAACCAAUGCCGCGACAGUGAUCGCAGGCUAUACGUCUUGCACAAUCGGUCAAUACGACAUCAGCUCGGAACGGUUGAUUCAGCUGAUGGUGCCUCCAGAAAGCGACGUGCGAAUAACAGCGUUCCGGGAAGCCCAAGUCAACUGCAUGGUGGCACACCCGACGAUGCCUUUGGUGGUCGCGGCGCACCAAGAUCGCCGCAUUCGCUUUUAUGAUCUCCGCGCAGGUCAAUGCAUUGCCUCGGUGGUAGCUCAUCAGGAUGCUGUCUCGUCGCUCGCGCUGGAUUCGUCGGGGCUGUAUGUGGCGUCUGGCGGGCACGACGGAUCGCUACGGUUCUGGAGCGUGGCAGAACGCACGUGCGUACAUGAACAGUCGGCACAUCGGCCAAAGUAUGCCGAAGCGGUACACAGCGUCGCCUACCACGCCACGCGGGGAUUCGUUGCCACGGGUGGCGCCGACAGCGUCAUUAAAGUAUUCCAAUAAGGACAGCACAGUUGUCGUUUGCGUGAGUUGUCGAGCCCGACAUGCCGGCGCCGCCACCUUCGUCGCGCGUCCUA